AUGGCAAGGCUACGCAGGAAAGCGUGCGUGGUUCUGUUUCUCUUCACGCUGUUCGUCUUUGGGACCAUGAUGGGACUGAGGACCCUGAAGCCCGGCGACGGCUUCUCGGAUCUGGCUCCGGGCUCGGAGUUGUUACCGAUGAUAGCGGGGAAGAUGGACCGGCGCUCCGUGUCCCGUGACGCCACCGCGUCCCCGGACCAAGCCCGUCCGGCUGGCAGCAACACGAAAGCAGUUUUGUCCAAUUCCGGCCCCGAGGGGAUCAUUUUUUAUGAUGUUCAUAUAUUUUACUACACAUGGUACGGCACCCCUCAUAUGGACGGCAAAUACAUCCAUUGGGACCACAUCCUGGUUCCACACUGGGACCCCAAAAUCGCAUCUAGCUACCCGAGAGGAAGACACAUGCCGCCUCAGGACAUCGGCUCCAGUUUCUACCCCGAACUCAAUCCGUACAGUUCGAGGGACCCGGACGUGUUGGAGUCCCACAUGGAGCAGAUAGGAGCAUCUGCAGCAGGGGUUCUGGUUCUGUCCUGGUAUCCUCCCAGCUUGGCUGACGACAACGGGGAACCCACUGAGGAUUUGGUACCAGUUGUGCUGGACGCUGCAUAUAGACACAACCUCAAGGUUGCAUUUCACAUCCAACCAUACAGAGGACGAAACGACCAGAGCGUGCAUGACAACAUCAAGUAUAUCAUUGACAGGUAUGGUGACCAUGGAGCCUUCUACACCUUUACUUCCAGCACAGGGAAGAGUCUUCCUCUAUUUUACAUCUACGACACCUACCUGACUCCUCCAGAGUCCUGGUCUGAAUUCUUGACUCCCACCGGCUCCCACAGCGUGCGCGGCUCGGCCUAUGACGCCAUCUUCAUCGCCCUGAUUGUGGAGGAGCGCCACAAGCAUGACAUCCUCGCUGGUGGCUUUGACGGCAUGUACACUUAUUUUGCCUCCAACGGUUUCUCCUUCGGCUCUUCUCACCAGAACUGGAAGACCAUCAAAGCUUUCUGUGACGGCAACAACCUACUCUUCAUCCCGAGCGUCGGACCGGGUUACAUCGACACCAGCAUCCGGCCGUGGAACAACCACAACAUGCGCAACAGGGUGAACGGCCGCUACUACGAGACGGCCCUGCAGGCGGCGCUGAAUGUGAGGCCGGAGGUCGUCACCAUCACAUCUUUUAAUGAAUGGCACGAGGGGACGCAGAUAGAGAGGGCGAUGCCCAAAAAAACUGGGACCCGCGUGUACUUGGACUAUCAGCCACACGGACCCGAUCACUACCUGGAGCUGACCCGCCGCUGGGCAGAGCAGUUCAACAAAGAGAAGGAGCAGUGGCUCAUGUGA